UGAAACGGACAAUUCCCAAAUUCUUUUUUUUUCUUCUUUCCAGUCCAGUCUGCUGUGGACAGGACAGCAUGGGAUGUUCCACCAGUUCCCAGACUUCAGCAGUUGACUCAACCAAACCUGGAGUUAAACCUGAGGAGACCAACGGAACUAUCGCCACAGUGACUGCUAACGGCAAUGUGGCUGAGGACAUCGAGACCAUUCCCGAUCAGACAUCAACCACUCAGACGCCGACAGAGUCUUCCGACGCGAAGCCUGCAGAUGAGACGCCAACAGAAACGACAACAACAACUGCGCCUCCUCCAGUGCAGGAGGAGCAACUGCAGCUGACAGAUGUCGAACCAGAAGCCGGACCUCCAGCAGAGACGUCUGCCACCCCUGUGACCGCACCUCCAGAAGCAACACCGACUCAAGCAGAAACCACCGAUUCAACAGAACCGAAACAUGAAACAACGGAGGAAGCACCAGCUUCUAAUGAAUGA